AUGAAAAGAAAAGUCGUUUUGGGGAAAAGGGAAACCAGUUACUGCAACCAGGAACCUCUGAGGAAAAGAAAUCUCUCUGAAGAGGGCCUUAAUCUUGGGAUUCCCAUGGAGGUUGAUACCUCCAAAGGGACUGACAAAGUUUCUGGUAACCUAGUGGAGAGUCCCAGAACAUUUACUAGAAUUACCAGGAGCAGGAAACCUGAGGGUAAGACUCAGGAUGUUGAUGAUGGGGCUAACUUGGGAUAUAAUGGUGACCAAAUCAACUUUGCUUCUCAAAAAAGGAAAAUGAAUGAGAUUAACAUGAUUGGGGAGGAUGGGAGCGGCUCAUCCUCUGGUGAUUUCCAAGGAGUAGAGGAGCUGCAUUCAGCUUCCAGUGCUAAUGGAUCAACAGUGGCAGGAACUCUGGUGCAUGGGACAACCUUGAUUAGCAAUUCAGUAGUGCAAAAAUGGUCUUCAACAAGGCAAGUUACAAGAGGGACUGAAGUGGACACCUUACUUCAACUUAGAGACUGA